AUGCGUCGCGUGUCCCUGCAAGUUCUUGGAUUUUUGGCGGAAGGGAACGCUGAGGUUAUACGCCCAUCGGCUUCACAUCAGUUGUUCUUCAAUAACACCCAACAUGACGCAUUUGCCUUAUUCCAAGCAAUCUCCGCACAGGCAUUCUCCGGGGACAGUUGUGAGCAACAAGAUGCACUGCGAGAAAGGGUUGUUGAUUUGCUUUUCAGCCGAGUCACGCUACAACCGCUUCAGAACUACGUCUGCACCCAAGUUGAAGCAGCGCUGGAAAGGGAAGUGGAACGUCUGUGUAGCCAAGGAAAACGCAACUAUUCAUAUGCUGUUGGUCUCUUAACUAUGGCGAAUCGUAUGUGUGAAACAAGAGCCAUAGGUAGCGGUGAUUGUGAUGUCGUUGCUCGCCACCAAGUCCUGCAAGCAGCUAGUCGGUUGCUUGCAUUCGCACCGGAGGUCAAAUCUUUUUUUGGCUCCUAUUCUUGAUG